CUUCCAAUGCAUCAUGGCUAAGCCAGAAUGCAUAUUAAUGCGAAAGGAUUAGAAGGGGAGUUUUGGCGUAAACUGUAAAAUUACUGUCAUAUGAUCAGAAGAUUACGGGUUCGAGCCGUGGAAACAACUUCUUACAUGAAUGUAAGGUAAGACUGCGGGCAUAGAUCCUUGUUGUCCGGUCCUUCCCGGACCCUUUUGUAGAAAGGAUUAUCUUUCUCUGUUAUCAGUCCAAGAAUGAAAAAGAAAAGAUAUUUAUAAUUAAUGCUAAGUAAAUAACUAAGGAAAAGGGAUAAAAAGAAAAGAAAAGGAACUUUCACAUGAUAUUCCCUCCAAAAAAGCACAGAAUAAAAACCAGCUAGCUACCUCAUUCUUGAGUGCAUUGUCUGUACAACUGUUUUUUCUGCUAGAAACUAUGGUGUCUUCUCUCCAAUUCAAGAUUCCAAUGCCAUUCUGUUCUUUUGUUUUCUAUCUAACUCUCUUACCAUGCUUGUUCACUUUUGCCUUGAAGUUUCAUAGUGGUAAUGAAACUGAUUUUCAAGCCUUACUUGCCAUUAAAGCAGAGAUAACUAAUGACCCUUAUGGUAUUUUGACCACAUGGAAUGAUUCAGUCCAUUUCUGUAGCUGGACAGGUAUCACUUGUGGCCAUCUUCACAAAAGAGUCACUAAACUUAACUUGACAUCACUUGACUUAGUAGGUACAUUGUCACCUUAUAUAGGAAAUCUUACAUUUCUCACUGGUCUUAAUCUUGAGCUCAACAAUUUCCAUGGAAAAAUCCCACCACAGGUUGGAGGUUUGUUCAGGCUUCAGCAUCUUAAUUUGACUAAUAACUCAUUUUCUGGAGAGAUACCGAUGAAUCUUUCUCAUUGUUCGAAUCUUGUUAUGCUUCGUUUUGGUUGGAACCAAUUGAUUGGAAAUAUUCCAUUUCAGUUUGGUUCAUUGCAAAAGCUUGAAAGAUUCCAAGUUCAUUACAACAACCUCAGUGGACUCAUCCCAGAAACUUUAGGUAAUCUUUCCUCAAUCAAAUCCCUUUCUUUAGCAGCUAACAAUUUUGAUGGAACUAUUCCUAGUUCUCUUGGCCAAUUGAAGAGUUUGAAUUUUCUUGGUUUGGGUAUAAAUAAGCUAUCUGGUUUGGUGCCUGCUGCGAUUUUCAAUCUUUCAUCUCUUGAAAUAUUCACAGUUCCAUAUAAUCAGUUGUAUGGAACUUUGCUAUCAGACUUGGGUUUUAGUCUUCCCAAUUUAAAAGUUCUAAAUAUUGGUCAUAAUUGGUUUACUGGACACUUUCCUAAGUCAUUAUCUAAUGCUUCAAAUCUUGUUGAACUUGAUGCAAAUGGCAGCAAUUUCACUGGUAAAGUUUCGAUUGACUUUGGGGGCUUGUCGAAUCUUUGGUGGCUGAUUCUUGCUUCAAAUUCCAUUGGAAAUGGAAAAGUUGAUGAUUUGAGUUUUUUCAAUUCUUUGAGUAGAUGUAGAAACUUGAAAGUACUGGAUUUGAGUGAUUGCCAAUUUGGAGGUGUGCUACCUGAUUCUAUUGCAAAUUUAUCGACAAAUCUUCUGUCACUAAGAUUGGGAGGUAAUCAACUAUUUGGAAGUAUUCAUUCAGGAAUAGGAAAUCUUGUUAACUUGACUGAAUUGCAAUUGCAAAAGAAUAAUUUUUCUGGUAGCAUUCCUGAAGUUGUUGGCGAUCUUCGUAUGCUUCAGUUAGUUGACUUAUCUGAAAACAAGCUUUCGGGAAGUAUUCCAUCUUCUAUAUCUAACAUGAGUCGAUUAUAUUCACUUCAUCUUGAAAAGAAUGAGUUAACUGGUAACAUUCCCCUUAGUUUUGGUAACUUUCAAUACUUGCAAGAUUUAGACCUUUCUCAGAAUCAUCUAAGUGGUAUAAUACCAAAUGGAGUUAUGAGUUUGUCGUCCUUAACAGUUUCUCUUAAUCUUUCUGACAAUCGAUUGUCUGGUCCUCUAUCGAUGGAAAUUGGAGCUCUAAACAAUCUUGGGAAAUUGGAUGUUUCUAAUAACAUGUUGUCGGGGAAAAUUCCUAGUAGCAUAGGUAGGUGUAUAACUUUGGAGAGCCUUAUUUUAGGUGGCAACUUCUUUGAAGGUACAAUUCCUUCGUCUCUUAGUUCUUUGAGAGGUCUUGAGAAGUUGGAUCUUUCUCGCAACAAUUUCUCCGGCCAAAUUCCAAGAUUUCUGCAGCAGAUUUCUCUAAAAAACUUGAAUUUGUCUUUCAACCAGUUCGAGGGUCAGUUGCCGACUGAAGGGGUUUUCAGUAAUGCAACUGCAAUCUCCAUAUUUGGGAAUAAGAAUCUUUGUGGAGGUAUACCAGAACUGAAGUUGCCAACAUGUCCAAACACUGAAUCUAAGGGAAGAGAUAAAUCAAGCAGUAUUAAGCUAAUGAUCCCUCUUCUUUCUGGUCUUCUAGCACUGGUCUUGAUAAUGUCUUUAGUCAUAAUCUUUCGGUUAAGAAAGGCAAGGAAAGAGUCGUCUUUAACAUCUUCACCUACAGGAGGUUUUCUUUUGAGGGUUACUUAUGAGAGCUUAUAUAGAGCAACAAAUGGAUUCUCUUCUGCUAAUUUGAUUGGGAAUGGUAGCUUUUGUUCUGUUUACAAAGGGGUACUUGAUCCUGGUGAAAGAUUGGUUGCGGUGAAAGUGAUAAACAUUGACCAACAAGGGGCUUUUAAGAGCUUCGUAGCUGAGUGUGAGGCCCUGAGAAACAUUAGGCAUCGAAAUCUUGUAAAGAUUUAUACUGCCUGUUCAACUUGUGAUUUUGAAGGUAAUCCGUUUAAAGCUUUGGUGUAUGAGUACAUGCCCAAUGGGAGCUUGGAGAGUUGGCUGCAUCCUACUCCAGAAGCCGAUGCCUCAAAUAAUGAGGUGAGGAUCCUAGGUCUAGUCGAAAGACUAAAUAUUGCUAUUGAUGCUGCUUGUGCACUGGAAUAUCUUCAUCACCAUUGCCACAAGCCAAUCGUGCACUGUGAUCUGAAACCGGACAACAUCCUUCUCGACAAUGACAUGACUGCACAUGUAGCUGAUUUUGGAUUGGCAAAGUUCUUCUCAGAAGCCAUGAGCAAAUAUCGUCCUAAUCAGAGUAGUUCAAUUGGAAUGAGGGGGACAAUUGGAUAUACUGCACCAGAGUACAGCAUGGGAGGUAAGGCUUCUCCAUUUGGUGAUGUUUACAGCUAUGGGAUUCUCUUGCUAGAGAUGUUUACUGGAAAGAGACCUACUGACAACAUGUUCAAAGAUGGACUGACUCUUCAUAAUUUUGCUAAGAUGGCGUUACCUGAAAUAAAUGAUGAAAUAGUUGACCCUAUGCUUCUACCUAGCAGCAGCAGCAGAGAAGUACAAGACGAAGAGGAAGGCAUUAUCGAUCCAGAUGAUUCUAGUGUGAAACAAGCACGGGGAUGCUUGAUCUCGAUAAUAAAGAUUGGAGUUGAAUGUUCAGUUGAAUCUCCAAGAGAAAGGAUAGAUAUUGGUGAUGUUGUCAAGGAACUGCAACUAAUCAGAGACAUUCUCCUUGCUUCUCAUGCAGUUCAAAGCUCAACCAGCGGGAGCUUGAGAUUUGAAGGUUCUUCCAGUCGUUCUGUCACAAGCAACUGGCACAAUUUUACAUCAUUUCGUCUACCUUGAUAUAUUUAUGGUGAAGAACUCGAGGCCAGUGAUGCAUACUAGUAUAUGCUUGCACAAGCUUUUCUGUCUGCUCUUAUAUGAUAUAUUACUGUUGAAGAUUGAAAAUUUUAUAUACUCAUCGGUUCAGUCA